AUUUUACUAUUUUUAGUUUUGUUUACAAUUAUUUUCUGUGGUGAUUUUGAAAUAAACUAGUUCUGUUUACUAAUUAAUUGUGACUCCUCAUUAAAAUCUUGGUCUAUCCCGUUGUAUGAUAAUGGAUCUAGAUUGAUUACUGUGCGAGUUUGUUAUGCUUUUACAUUUGUCAGUCCAUUUGCUGUUGUCUAUUGCUUCUAGCGUUGAUUUUAAAUUGGUUAAUAUUUCGGAAAGUCAAUAGUCUUUUUUUAAUUGCUAAUCAGUUCGAUAUCUAUUGCAAUUUCACGACAUGUCUACCAUUGAAGAGAAAACCGAGAAAUUAUCCAAGGCGACUCAAGAAUACCUGAGAAGUGAGAUGAAAGCCACAAUCGACGAUUACAAAUUGCUGGAAGAGAUGAAUAAGGUUACUUUAGAGAAAUAUAAAACCAUGGCAGAUAAAUGCAAAUCAAUCAAUGAAUCGCAAAAGGGUUUGAAAGAAAAGUAUGAUACUUUGGGCGUUUUUUUCGGACAAAUUGAUAAACUGGAGAAGAAAAUAAAUAGUCUGGAAGAAAUGGCUUAUGCAAUUGAUGGAUAUACGAAAAAGCUGGAAUCUCAAUUCAAGAAGCUUGAAUCAUAAUCUUCAAUUACAGUCAACCCUCUCAAAAUGAGACUUCGUAGGCAUAGCUUCAGAAUCUACAGCUGUAUAUUCAAAAUAUGAACUUCGAAAAUAGAUAUGGACUUUGAAAAAUGGUCUUAAAAUGAUUUGAUUAAGAGUUUUUGUUAAACUAAUUCAUAUUGAUCACAGUUCAUGAAGAUCUUUUGUCCUCAUGAUCUUUCACUAAAUAUGUAAACAAUUCAUUCAUUUUUGGUUUAUCCAUAUUUCCAAUUAGCGUUGAUGCGUCUAUGUUGCUUGUAAACGUCUCGAUUUAAGAGUUCAAUUUUUUAAGGUUUGACUGUAAUAGUUUCACUUAUGAUCUGAAUCUGAUUCUACUUUGUUGACAUUUUAAAAUCGUAUUUUUGUAUCUUUGUUUUUUACCAUUGAAGGUCCAAUUGAAUUUUACUAGAUUUAACUAUCCUUGAAAUUAUGCACCUAAUAAAAAUUUAAAGGAUACAUUUCUUAUUUAAAUUAA